CGACAGCAUCGUCCAUUGAACUGUACUAUCGCCAUCAUGCGCCGCGCACAGGGACUCCGGGUCUCUUCGACCCGCGACAUCUGCAUCUUCUGCGCCACUCGACAAUUGGCAACUGCGAAUGCGCCCCUUCCUACGACAUCGACACAACGAAGAUACCUGAACUCAUCAAGUAGAGUGUCUCAAGCCGAAGCACAACUCUUCAAAAGCGACGAUGCACCUGCACGGCCACUCACCCAGGCAGAGAGGAUGCGAAAAGCCCUACUGGCAUCGUCGACAGCAGCACCUGCAGCCUUACAAUCUCCUCAGGGCGGCUACAUGUCGCCUGCGCAGAGGGCGAGAGCCACACUGGGUGCCCAAGAGUCUCCAAGGUCACAAAGCCCAGCGCAACGGCAACCGCAGCAGGACAGACGUGCACCCAACCGGGGUGGCUUAUUCGAUGGGAUGGGCCGAGAUCAGAACAGGUCUGCACCUAUGGCUCGGAGAGUAGGCAACGAUGGCCGUUUCGACUCAAGACCAGCGCAACGGGAUCGCUUUAGGGUGAACAUGGACUCAAAGCCACAGUUCGACACGCCGUCCUUUGGUUCGGGGCAUCUGAGGAGGAGAAACGAACCUCAAUUUGAGCUUGCGCAAGCAUUUCAAGAUCAACACAGGAGGCCGCCCGUACGUGCGACACCGAGCAGGGGCAAGUUGGAUCAGUCCGAACUGGACAAGUUGUUGGGCAAUAACACCAGUCAAACCCGAUCCUCAAGGCCAUACCAACCGCUCGCAAGGAACUCCAACGCACAACGGAAAUGCUUCAACUGCGGUUCACCAGAUCACAUGAGCGCUGCUUGCCCGAACAAGCCUACGUUCCGUGAACGACCGAACGCCCAGCGAUCCACAACAGGUGGGACAACGACAUAUCAACCACCACAAUCCAAUCGAACAACGACGUACCAGCCAGCGCAGGCCACACCUGAAUCUUUGGCAGAUGCUGCAAACGAGUGGGUGAGCAAGAGAGCGUCUAAGCUGGAAGUGGAACCCCAGAGCUAUCAGGCUGAAGAAGAGUGGGACAACAAACGCCGUGAUGUUGAAAAAGAGCGACGACGAAGACGAUUUGAGAUAGACGACGAGCCUACGGAGGUGCGCAAUCGCUACGAAGAGCCCGAGCGCCGUAGAGCUGGCGGCCGAAACAGCAGACGCGUGAUGCGAGACGCAGAGGAGGAUGACAUUGAGGAUCGUUUCAUCAACAAGAAAGAGCAGAAGCGUCUGCGCAAGGAGGCGAAGAAGGCAGCGCGAUUGGAGAAGGCUGAACCAACACCUAUCACUUUGCCUGAGUACAUCAGCGUGGCAAACUUGGCUGGAAUGCUGAGGCUGAGAGUGGAGGAUUUCGUCACGAAGUUGGAAGAGCUUGGUUUCGAGGAUGUGCAGGCUACCCAGGUUCUCAACGCCGAGCAUGCAGGCCUCAUUGCCCAAGAGUACAACUUCGAGCCUACCUUCCUGGGCGAGCAUGAGGAUGGUGAUCUCUACGCUGCUCCUGAGAUCACACCAGAGGAGUAUGCUGAGCUACCUGUAAGACCGCCCGUUGUCACUAUCAUGGGCCACGUUGAUCACGGGAAAACUACGAUUCUUGACUACAUGCGCUCGACAAGCGUGGCAGCUGGCGAAUUUGGUGGUAUCACCCAGCACAUCGGUGCCUUCAGCGUACCUCUGGCCAACGGCAAGCAGAUCACAUUCCUUGAUACACCUGGCCACUCAGCUUUCGAGACGAUGCGCGCCCGUGGUGCCAACGUUACGGAUAUUGUAGUCUUGGUGGUUGCAGCCGAUGACUCAGUCAUGCCACAGACAGUUGAAGCCAUCAAGCAUGCUCAAGCGGCGAAGGUGCCCAUCAUUGUUGCGAUCAACAAGAUGGACAAGCAGCAAGCCGACCCCGACGCCGUCAAGCUGGAUCUCGGCCGUCACGGUAUCGAAGUUGAAGACUUCGGUGGAGACGUUCAGGCCAUACCCGUCAGUGGCAAGACUGGACAGGGUAUUCCCGAUUUGGAAGAAGCGAUUUCGACACUAUCCGAACUGCUCGACCACCGCGCAGAUCCCCAAGCCAACGUCGAAGGCACCGUCCUCGAAGGCACAACCAAAAAAUCCGGUCGAGUAGCCACCGUGCUCGUCCGCAGCGGCACUCUUCGUCAAGGCACAGCCCUCGUCGCAGGCACAACAUGGACACGCGUCCGCAGUCUCCGCAACGGAGCUGGCGUGAUGGUCAAAGAAGCCGGCCCCGGUAUUGCCGUCGAAGUCGACGGCUGGCGCGACCAGCCCAUUGCCGGCGACGAAGUCCUGCAAGCCGGCGACGAGCAACAAGCAACCUCUGUCUCGCAGCUCCGCACCGAGAAGCUCGAGCGUGAGCAAAUGGCCAAGGACAUGGAAGCCAUCAACGUCGCGCGCCGUGAAGAAGCCGAGCGUCGGGAAGCCGAGGCAGCAAAACAAGCAAUUGAAGGUGGUGAAGCUCCAACUGAGGAAAUCAAAGACAAGAGUCCCGAAGUCGUAUCCUUCAUCAUCAAAGGCGACGUCUCGGGCUCCGUCGAAGCAAUUAUUGACUCCAUCUCCGCGCUCGGCAACGCCGAAGUCAGCACCCGCAUCUUACGGCACGGCGUCGGUCCGCCCUCAGAAUUCGACAUCCAGCAUGCCGCCGACGCACAAGGCCACAUCGUGAACUUCAAUACUACGAUUCCCGCGCAUGUGUCCAAGCUCGCGGAAGAGAAGGUCGUCAGAAUCUUCGAUAGCAAUAUCAUCUACCGCACCGUGGAGAUGGUCAAGGAUCUGCUGAGCGAGAAACUCGCGCCGAGCAUUAUCCAGAAGGUCACUGGCGAAGUCGAGAUCGCAGCGGUUUUCGAGAUCGGGCUGGGCGGGAAGAAGAAGAUGAAGGUCGCGGGCUCGAAGGUGCGCAACGGCGUCGUCGAACGUGGCAGCAAAGCCCGUGUUCUCCGUAAUGAUACCAUUAUUCACGAUGGUACCAUUGACAAUAUCAAGAACCAGAAGAAGGAUGUUGAAUCCAUGCGCAAGGAUACAGAGUGCGGUAUCUCGUUUGCUGGGUGGGAGGAUUUCAAGAUCGGGGAUAAGAUUCAGUGCUACGAGGAGACGCAGCAGAAGAGGACUUUGUAGGAUAAGAUAUGUGUAUGAUAUCUUGGUUGAGCGAUACUGCUUGUACAUGCUUUGUGUGGGUAUGAGUGGCAUUGGGACAGGGUUUGCAUUGUAUAACCAAUCUCGGGUGUACAGAUACUAGAUUAGAUUCAUG